GUGACACGUGAUUUCCUCUUAGCUCAAAUGCUUCCACGGAAUACAGCAGCAGACAGGAGGUUCCAUGUGUACCGUGAUGGAUCCGUCAAGCUUUCAGAGGCCGUGGGCUUGCUAUCAGAUGCUCUUGAGAAUCGCUGCUUUACCGCUCGAUUGCCGACGUCAGUCCUGACAAGACUUGCGAAGGAGAAAGAAACACAGGUGGCACUUCGGGUGUUACACUGGAUGCAAAAAGAAUCGCUUGAAGUGAACAGCUUUCACUUUUCUGCUACUUUGUCGGCAUGUGCUGCAAGCAAUGAUUGGCAGUUGGCGCUUUGCAUGCUGGACUCUGCAGAGAUCAAUGAAGUGUGCUUCAAUGCUGCUUUAGAUGCUUGCUUGAAAGCCGGGCAGUGGAAACGAUCGCUGGAGUUGUUCCGUGAAAUGCCAAAGCGCCAGCUUGUGGCAGACGAAGUUAGUUGCAAUGUUGCCAUUGUCUCUGCAGCUUUGUCGAGCACUUGGCAGCUAGGCUUGUCGUUUCUGAACGGUGUUCAAGCUGACGCAAUCAGUUUUUCUUCCUGCGUCAGCGCAUGUGAACGCAAUGGUCAAUGGAAUUUGGCUUUGACCUACCUGGAACGACUUCAGCAGAGGAACUUUGAAGCAUACGCGAUCUGUUGCAAUUCGGCCGUGAGUGCUUGUGCAGCACGAUGGCAUUUGGCAUUUAAUCUCGCGGGCGGAAUGAGUGAUUCUUCCAUUCAGUCAGAUGCAUUCACCUACAGCUCUGUGCUAUCAGCGCUUUCAGCAGACUGGGAAGUCGCAAUCCACACAAUGCAGUUGUCGCAAUCCAAGGAUGAGAUUGUAUUCAACGCGGCAAUCAACACUUGUGUCCAUGGGGGUUGGAUGACAGGUCUCAAGUUGCUGGAUGAGAUGCAGACUAAAGGGAUCAGGUCCAAAGCACAUCAACAUGCCACUGCUGCUUCUGAAAUUACCUAUACUGCAGCUGCUUUAGGAUGUGGAGCAGCACGGUGGAAGCUUGCUGAGCUCCUGUUUUCCAAAAUGAAGUAUGUCAAGGUUCGUCCCGACGUAUUUGCGCACAACGCGGCUUUGAGUUUUUCGGAGGAAGUUAAGCGCUGGCAAGGAGCACUUUCCUGCUUGCUCCAAAUGAAGUCCACGGAACAGGUGCCAGAUGAGAUUAGUUACACUGCUUGCCUCAGUGCCAGCGAGAAAUCCUCACAGUGGCUGUGGGCAGUGAACAUCCUUGAAGCCUAUGAACCUACAAAGGUUGGUGCAAAGCAAAUUGCUCUCAAUGCUGCUCUGAGUGCUUGUGAGAAAAGCUUGCAGUGGUCUUUGGCAAUUUCGAUCUUUUCCCAACUCCCGCAGUGUAGAGCCAUCCAAGACAUUAUCUCCUUCGGUGCCUCCAUCAGCGCCUGUGAGAAGGCAUCCUUUUGGGAAAUCACAUUGAUUCUACACUCUUUGAGCCAGGAAUCGAAUGCCAUCACCUACGGCGCUGCAAUCAGUGCCUGUGCAAAAGGACAGCAAUGGAAGCUUGCAUUGGAGACUCUUUCUUAUAUGUUGCAAUCUCAGGUCGAAUCCGAUCAAAUAAACUUCAACGCAGCAAUCAGCGCUAGUGAGAAGUGCCAGAAGUGGCAGGUGGCUUCUCUACUACUCAACACAAUGACCAGAUCACUCAUUCAACCUGUCGAUGGGAGCUUUAACGCUGCCAUCAGCGCGUGCCAGAAAGGACAGAGCGCUUUACCUGCACCACCUUUGCCCAGCACAUACAGUUUUGGUGCUGCCAUAGCAGCAUGGAGAAGCGAGUGGAGCCUAGCUUUGGAUGCCUGGAACAGGAUGCAGAGCAUUGGGCUAUCCACAGACGAUGCCAAUUGCAGUGCCCUCUUGAGCGCUUGCGUCAGAGGCAGCUGCUGGAGAAAUGCAAUUGGAUUUUUGGGUGAGACAUUUUUGGCUUCAGAGCCUUCGGUGCAAUUGGUGUUUGCAUCCAUCAGUGCCUGCGAAGUCUCUGAAGUGCCUGGACGUUGGCCGCUGAAAAAAGAUGAAAAGAAAAGAACAUUUGUUACUACUAGCGUCCUUGCUCCUAGUAGUACGGCCAGGAGCCCCUAGUAGCGUCCUUGCUCCUAGUAGCGAUGCCAGGAGCCCUUAAUAGCUUCUUGUUACUACUAGUAAUGCCCUUUUUACUAGUGGGGGGGAAAGUGG